UCACGGGAAGCUCCGUGUUGUGCUCAGUGCUGAGAUGGGCUGGAGCUGCUCCCUGCUGCUGCCGUUGCUGCUGCUGCUGCCCGCAUGGCUGCCCUCUGGCUUGGCACUGCCGCGGUUCCAUUACGACUGUGGGGACUUUGGCAUGCAGCUGCUGGCGUUCCCCACGCAUGGCCGCACCAUGCGCUUCAAGGUCCUGGAUGAGUUUGGCACCCGCUUCGAAGUGGCCAACUGCUCCGUGUGCCUGCACUGGCUCAACACUGUGGAGGACGGUGGGUUUGCCUUCUCAGCUGGCUACAAGGGCUGCCACGUGUUGCUGAAGGAUGGUCACUAUGUGCUGAGGGUGCAGCUGGAGGAGAUGCUGCUCAGUGGGGUGGUGGCUGCCUCCUAUGAGGUGAACAUGACGUGCCCACGGCUAGCUGGCUAUGAGAUCCUCCGAGAUGAGAACAUGCAUGGCCACCACCAGCCCGACCGGGGCAACGGCGCCCUGCCAAGUCACGGUGUCGAUGUCCUCAUCCCCCGGCCACGGCCCGGCCUCCUGCAGCACAUAGCCCAUUCUGCCCUGGCCAUCCCCCGCCCCCAGCAGCCCCCCAGAGUCCCCAUGGGGCAGAGUCACCCUGUGGCACACACACAGCCCAUCCUGGAGCACCCAGAGCUGCAGCACCAGCCUCAGCCCGGCAUGGAGCAUCCAAGACCCCAGCCCCAAAACCAACCUGGGAUGAUCCAUGCUAGUGGUCAAACCCAGAUGGGUCUCCUUCAUCCAGGUCUUCAGUCCCAAAGUCAGCCUGGGUUUGUGCAUGCUGGAAGUCAGAUCCAACCAGGGGUCCUUCGCCCAGGUCUUCAGUCCCAAAACCAGCAGGGAUUAGUGCGUCCAGGGAGUGAAACCCAACCAGGUGUCCUUCGUCCAGGCCUUCAAUCUUCAAACCAGCAUGGAUUAGCACACCCAGGGGGUCAAAACCAACUGGGUGUCCUUCGCCCAGGUCUUCAGUCCCAAAAUCAGCAUGGAUUAGUGCACCCAGGGUAUCAAACACAACCAGGUAUCCCUCGCCCAGGUCUUCAGUCCUCAAACCAGCAUGGAUUAGUGCGCCCAGGGAGUGAAACUCGACCAGGUAUCCUUCACCCAGGUCUUCAGUCCCCAAACCAGCAUGGAUUAGUGCGCCCAGGGAGUGAAACUCGACCUGGUAUCCUUCGCCCAGGUCUUCAGUCCCCAAACCAGCAUGGAUUAGUGCGCCCAGGGAGUGAAACCCGCCCAGGUAUCCUUCACCCAGGUCUUCAAUCCCCAAACCAGCAUGGAUUACUGCAUCCAGGGGGUCAAACCCGACCGGGUGUCCUUCGCCCAGGCUCUCAGCUCCAGAACCAGCCUGGGCUGGUGCAUGCUAGCAGUCAAACCCAAGCAGGUCUUUUUCACUCAAGUCUCCAGCCCCCAAACCAGCCUAGCUUAGUGCAACCUGGGCUGCAGCCUGGCUUGAUGCACACCAGCACUCAUACACAGGCAGGGUUUGUCCGUCCAGGCCUCCAGCCCCAAAGCCAGCUGGGCUUGCUUCUCCCCAGCCUCCAGUCCCACGCCCAGGGCAGCCUCCUGCACUCCAGCCUUCAGAGCCAAGCAGGGCUGCUGCAACCCAGCCAGCCCCGACCAGGGCUGCUGCGCCCAGGGCUGCCACCACGACCAGGGCUGGUGAGCCCAGGGCUGCAGUCCCAAGCCCAGCCUGGGCUGCUGCAUCCCACGGCUCUCUUCUACUCCUCAGCGGGGGCAGGUGAGCCUCUGACACGGGAGCAGUGCCAGGUAGCAGUGGGGAGGCUGUCCUGUGUGUCCCCGCCGGGCCGUGAUGCGUGCCUGCAGGCAGGCUGCUGCUUUGAUGACACAGACCGUGCGACGCCCUGCUAUUACGGCAACACAGCCACCGUACAGUGCCUGCCCGAGGGCCACUUCGUGCUGGUGGUGCCACGGGGGCUGUCGGCGCAGCCCUACAACCUGGACAGCGUGCGCCUGGCCAGCACCCAGCCUGGCUGCCAGCCUGCCCGGACCUCUGAUGCCUUUGUCCUCUUCCACUUCCCCGUCACGCAGUGUGGCACCACUGUGCAGGUGAUUGAGGACCGGCUGGUCUACGAGAACCAGCUCAUCUCUACCAUUGAUGUCCAGCCAGGGCCCCGUGGUUCUGUCACCCGUGACAGCGUCUACAUCCUCCACGCCCGUUGCAUUUACAAUGCCACUGAGCUGCUGCCACUGAGCCUGGAGGUGGCUGUGCCCCCCACUGCUGCUCCUCUGGCACAGCCGGGGCCGCUCCAGCUGCAGCUGCGCAUUGCCACUGAUGAGAGCUACAGCUCCUACCACCCUGACACCGACUACCCGCUGGUGAAGGUGCUGCGGGACCCCAUCUAUGUGGAGGUGCGGCUGCUGCAGAAGACCGACCCCAAUCUGGUGCUGGUGCUGCACCAGUGCUGGGCAGCUCCCAGCACCAGCCCAGUAGCUGAGCCCCAGUGGCCCAUCCUGGUGGACGGGUGCCCUUUUGCUGGGGACAACUACAGGACACAGCUGGUGCCGGUGGGACCUGCCACACUGCAGCUGCCCUUCCCCAGCCACUACCAGCGCUUUGCUAUCUCCACCUUUGCCUUUGUGGACAGCCCUUCCAUGGUGGUGCUGGAGGGAGAGGUGUACAUCAUGUGCAGUGCCUCAGUGUGCCACCUGUCCCAGCCCGAGCCCUGCCGGCCCUCCUGUCAAGUGGCCAUGCCUUCCCGGGCCCGACGAGCUGCAGGGGACAGGAAGACAUCAGACAUCUUGGGCACAGUCACCUCCUGGGGAUGCAUCGUCUUGCCGAAGGGUCCUGCAGGGGGAAGACCUUAAGCGUGUGCUGCUGCCUCUUUGUUCCUCCUCCUGGUCAGGACAGAGCCCCAAUGCUCUGGUCCUGGUGGGGGCAAGUGGGAACAAUAAAUCAGCAACUGGCAAAGACUAGUG